AUGCAUCAGUUCAAGCCAGUUAAAAGCAAUCUUAAGAAUAUCGAGUCCGGCAAAGAGACAAACGUCCGGCCACUUUGCCCGAAACCUCGCCGGCCGAGCCCUGCCAUUCCUGAAUUUCUCAAGCCCCACAGAUGCAACAAACACAGCCAAGUGAAUGCUGAUGGAAGAAUGGAAGUUUUAAACAUGGUUGGUGAGAAGCAAAUUGAAGGAAAGGAAUCAAUUUGUAGUGGGUGCUCCCCAUCUUGCUACUCAGGAUCUCCUCCAAGAAGAACUGAAAACCCUUUGGUGAAUGAUGUGCAGUUCAUUCAUCAGAUGGAGCUACUUUCACCAUUUACAAGAACCAAACUUUCUGAUAAGUUUGGGAUCACUUCUGCCUCACCAGUUUGA